AUGAAUAAAGAAAAUUUUCGAUUUUACAUCAAAGUGCGUACUGCACUUAAUAUUGAACCAACAGUUAUUCAUAAUGAAUUACGUGCUGUUUUCGGUGAUGAAGCUCCUGCUUUGAGCACUGUCGCAAAAUGGUCUAAGUUGUUUCGUGAAGGUCGAGAACAUAUUGAAGACGAAGAACGACCUGGAAGACCUAUUACUGAGACCACAUCUGAAAAUAUUGAACAAAUUUACAGCAUUAUAAAUAAUGAUCCUUAUAUUACAAUAGAAGAAUUGGAAACACAAACCAAUCUUAGUCAUGGCACUAUUCAACGAAUAAUCUCCGAUCAUCUGAACCUUAGAAAAAUUGUCGCUCGUUAUAUACCCAAGCAACUGACUGAUUCUCAACGAGCUGAACGAGUUCGAAUUUGCAAAGAAAACUUAGCAAAAUUCGAAUCAAAUGCAUGGCGCCUAUGCGAUGUGGUAAUAGGUGACGAGUCCUGGUUCUACCAUAAGCAGAUUGGUCGAAAAUCAUCAAACUCUGCGUGGGUUGCGAUUGGUGAUUCUCCACUUACAGUGAUUCGGCAGGGUCAUUUUUCUCCGAAAACUUUAUUCUGCAUUUUUUUAAAAUCAACAGGUCAUGUUUUAAUUCAUUAUGUGGAAAAAGGAGAAACUAUCGACCAUCAAUAUUACAUUGAUUAUUGUUUAAAAUCACUCAUUGUCAACAUCAGGAAGCAAAGACCGGUAUGUGGAGUUCAAGGUAUUAAACUUCAUCAUGAUAACGGGCGACCGAACAUGUUCAUGAAGAUAUGUCAAAUUAUCUCGAGUCUGAAGGUGUCACAAUAA